AUGGCAAGCCACGGUAUAUCGCGCGGGUCUGGCCCGGUCGUCCGCUCAGAAGAAGCACGGCAGAAGGAGCUGCGACAGAUCACAAACUACAAAGAUUUGGCGGAUCUGGUGAACACAAAGGUUGCCGAGAAGCAAUAUACGAUCGAAGUUCUGGGCCUAGUCACGAAACUCUUGAACGAGAAUCCUGAAUACUACACGAUAUGGAAUCACCGAAGACGCGUCUUGAUGGCUCUGGUGACCGCAGACACCCCCGAACAAUCACCAGACGAACUCUUGCAGGGCGACCUGCAGCUCACAUUUGCGCUAUUACGAAAGUUCCCCAAAUGCUAUUGGAUAUGGAAUCACAGAAACUGGCUGUUGCGCGAAGGCGAAGCGCUGAUGGGCGCGGAUGCAGCACGUAAGCUCUGGUCAGGAGAAUUACAACUCAUAAACAAGAUGCUGCACGCAGACAGUCGCAACUUCCAUGCUUGGGGCUACAGACGAUUUGUGGUGUCGCAGAUUGAGCGUCUGACCACAUCCGAGGAUGUUCCCGCAUCAGGACCAGCACAGAAGAGCCUCUCCGAAUCUGAAUUCGAGUACACGACCAAGAUGAUCAAGACCAAUCUCUCCAACUUCUCCGCUUGGCACAACCGUAGCCAGCUUAUCCCCAAGAUCCUCCGCGAGCGCAACGCAGACGCUGAGGCGCGCCGUGUAUUUCUCGACUCAGAACUAGCCCUGAUUUGCGAAGCCAUAAACACCGACCCCUUCGACCAGUCCAUAUGGUUCUAUCACCAAUACCUCCUCUCCAUAUUGUCACCGUCGUGUCCGCCGGAUGCGCUUGUCGUCCAGGACCUGAGCAACGGCGAGCGGCAAAAGUACUACGAGCACGAGAUGGAGUACAUCAGGGACAUAUUGGAGGACGAGGCGGAUUGCAAGUGGAUAUACGAAGCGCUGCUCGGGCUUGCAGAGGCUUAUUUGGAGGUAGAUGCUGGGACCGGGUCGUUUACAACGAAGGAUAUGAGGUCGUGGCUAGACGAGCUGAAGCGUCUGGACCCGCUGCGGCGGGGACGAUGGAACGAUCUCGAGCGUAGGCUGAACCUAUGA